UCGGUGAGUAACAGCGCUACCUUGACACUAGGUCGCUGCUGCACGGUGUGUUGCAGGUUUUACACCAAAAACUGCGUGUAAAAGAAAAAAAAGCGUGUUUUCGGUGCUGGUGUCUCAGCUCCCGUCAUGUCCAGCAUCCAGCAGCUCCGGGUCCUGAUCAACCAGCGGCUGGUGGCAGCGGCGGAGGAGAUCUUCGAGGCGGUGAGGAAGACCAUCGCGGGCUACGAGGAGGAGCUGCUGCUCUCCCGCCAGGAGCUGCGGAGGCACCGCGGGACGCUGAAGAUCGAGUUCAAGCCCGAACUGCACCCCGACAGAGUGGCAGCAGACCAGCCUCAACUCGCUCUGUCAGUCUGGGACGAGGACUUUCCGUCCGAUCAGCAGCUGGAGUGGAGCUCCAGUCUGGACCAGGACCAGCAGGCAGCUCCUCAGGAGAAGCAGGAGGAGAACCAGGAGGAGAACCAGGAGGCGAACCAGGAGGAAAACCAGGAGGACAACCCGGAGGAGAACCAGGAGGAGCUGGAGGAGGACAGCACCAUCCGGUUCAUCUUCACACACCAGUCCAGCUCUCCCAGUGCCAAAGCCGAUGAAGGAAAACCUCUACCGAGCACCUCAGCCGAGCAGGACCAGGAGAAGACCGACGAUGAUGAUGAUGACGAUGAUGAUGAUGAUGCCGCCUCCAUCGGUUCCUCUACAGCCAACAGCGACGAGGACUGGAGGGCCAGCAUGGAUUCCCAGAGCGAAGACAGCGACAGCAAGAGGGACAAGACGAAGAAAAAGAAAGUUCCUCGCCUGCCGAUGGUGCCGAAGCAGCUCCUGAACAAACAGAACAAAUCCCGGAUCAGCUGUAAAGUGUGCAGUAAAGCCUUCCACGCCAUCGUCUCUCUGGUGAACCACAUGGAGGUUCACUCCAAGGACGUGUGUGGCGUCUGCGGCGAACGCUUUGACAACGACGAGAGCUUCAGGAUUCACCUCAAGACUCAUGUGAAAGCAGAAAUCUGCAGCUUGUGCGGGAAAUGUUUUGGUGGCUUGAGUUCUCUGGAGACGCACAUGAGGAUCCACACGGGGGAGAAACCGUUCAACUGCAGCGAGUGUGGGAAGUCCUUCAACUGUCGCCACAAUAUGAUGCGACACAUCCGGAUACACACCGGAGAGAGACCGUACACCUGCACCGUCUGCAGGAAGUCCUUCAACGACUACUCCACCUUGAAACGCCACCUGAUGGUUCACAUUCGCAAGAUCAACCAGAACCCAAACAAUACAGACGAAAAUGUUUUUUAUUUUUAUGUUUAUUUAAUUCAUUUUCCAUCAUACGAGCCCUUAAAACACAAAUAUCUACUAUUCUCUAUCAAUGCUUGUUUAAUUUUACUCAUUUUUAUUCAAAUAAAACAACUUUUAGGGGCCUGAAAAGCAAAAUUCUGCACAUUUCCUUUAUAAACUAGACUUUUGCAUUGCAGAGUCUAAUUUUACUUUGAUUUGAGAUGCAGACUUCCAUUGUAAGACUUCUAAAAUGUACAUUUUCAUGACUUUAGAUUUUAUUGUAUUGCUUUUGCUAAUUUAAAAUAAUUUUCUGCAAUAUUUUCUGUCUUCUGAGCCGUUAAAACUAAAAUAUCUGCUAUUUUCUGUCAGCGGUUGUCUAAGUAAUUUUGAUUCAAUUAAAACAACUUUUAGGGGCCGGAAGAGAAAAUUUUCUUAUUUACUUCAUUUUGUGUCAUACAAGCCCUUAACACCCCCCCCCCCCCAAAAAAAAAAACAACAACAAAAAAAAAAAAAACACUGCUUUUUUCCAUCAGCAGUUGUUUAAUUUUAAUCAUUUUUAUUCAAGUUAAACCACCUGUAGGCCCCUGAAGUGGAAUUUUUCCAGUUAUUUAGGUUUUUAAAAAGUAUUUUUACACUGCGGGAUAAUGUUUUUUGUUUAUUUUGUGAUGUACAUUUUCAUUUUUAAACCCCAAGAGCUUAAAAAACAGGCUUGGAUGAUUAUUUUUGAUAAAAUUUCUGCCAGUUUGGGUUUUGAAAUUGACAAAAUUGGGUAAAAAAGGCGUGAAGUAGUAUCGAUGAGAAAAAGACGGCGCUUCACGUUUGUUUUAUGUUGAUUUCAUGAAUUAGGAGAUGAUUUAAUCAACUUCAAAGCUCAAUAAAAGGUCGAUUUUUAUAAGUUUUUUUCUUCUUUCGCAUGUUUUUUCUCAAAACGAUUCCUGAGCCUCAAAUUAGGAACCUUUAGUCGUGGUUAUACUGUCGGUGCAGCUUUUUAUCAGAUAUUUUCCUGUUUUUUGACCCUGCAGAGAUUUAGAAGCAGCUCCAUCAUUUCAGUGUUUGAGGAAAACUUGGUGCAAACAUUUUUAGAUUUUUAUUUCCCCUCUGAUGUGACUUUUAUCAACGUUUUCAGCCUCAAUCGGUGUAAAAAUGCUCCUUUGUGUCGUGUCGUACCUUUGUUUUUUAAUUUUUUACCCACUUAAGCCAAGUUUCUAUUUUAAAAUCCGUUAAAAAGCUGUUUGCAGAGGAUUGUGGGAAGCUUGGACUCAGGACCGCGGCAGGGCUGCCCUCUGAGGCGCCGGUCGAAAAGGAAAAACCUGUAAAACACUAUUAUGUUUGUGUGUGUGUGUGUGUGUGUGUGUGUGUGUGUGUGUGUGUGUGUGUGUGUGUGUGUGUGUGUGUGUGUGUGUGUGUGUGUGUGUGUGUGUGUGUGUGUGUGUGUGUGUGUGUGUGUGUGUGCGUGCGUGCGUGAGUGAGAGAGUGCGACUUUCUUCAAACACCAACCUGAACAUUUUUCCUUUAUUUUUGUUUUGUUUUUGUUUUUUUAAAUUAUUGAUUGUACAGUUUAAGGCGACGUGUAUGAAGAGACUUUUUCACAAUAAAAAUAUUGAAUGUUGGAGUCUA